AUGGCCGACGGGCACGGCUGGUGGAAGCUGACGUUCCUGCGGAAGCGCCAGGCGGCGGCCCCGGUGCUGUACGAGAGCCCCGAGGGCCCCGCGGCGCCCGGCGCGGACGGCGCGGACGGGAGCGGCCCCGAGGGCGGCCCCGGCUUCGCCGCCCGCCUCGAGAAGAUCGUGGACAAGAGCACCAAGGGCAAGCACGUCAAGGUCUCGCACUCCGGGCGCUUCAAGGAGAAGAAGAAAGUGCGGGCGACGCUGGCCGAGCAUCCCAACCUGUGCGGGGCCGGCGAGCGCCAGGAGCAGUGACCCGGCCGGGCUGCGGCCCCGGGCAGGACUCAGGAUGGGAUUUGUGGAAUUGUCCGCGGGAUGGUCCCGGAGCUGCGGGACUGACCCCGGGGCACGGCGGGGCCCGCGCUCCCCGUCCCUGCCUGCCCAGCGCGGACUGGUCCGUACUGGGAUGAAUGAGGACACUCCCCCCGAUCCCAUUCCCAAUCCCAUUCCCAAUCCCAUUCCCAAUCCCAAUCCCAAUCCCCUCCUCCCGUCACUUUUUGGGGCCGAGCCCCUCUCGUGUCCCGAUCCCGAGGGGCUGCGGAGCCGCCGAUGGCCGAGUCCUGCCCGAGAGGGGAUGCGACACUUCCCUGUCCCCAGGGAACGAGCGGCGGGACCGAUCCCCUCCUCCCGCUGCCCGGAGGAGCCGCGCUCCAUUCCCCGGGAAUCCCUCCCCGGAGGAGCCGCAUUUCCCCGGGAAUCUCACCCAGAGGAGCCGCAUUUCCCCGGGAAUCCCUCCCCGGAGGAGCCGCCUUUCCCCGGGAAUCUCACCCAGAGGAGCCGCCUUUCCCCGGGAAUCCCUCCCCGGAGGAGCCGCCUUUCCCCGGGAAUCCCUCCCCGGAGGAGCCGCCUUUCCCUCGGGAAUCCCUCCCCGGAGGAGCCGCCUUUCCCUCGGCAAUCCCUCCCCGGAGGAGCCGCGUUUCCCGAGGAUCGCACCCGGAGGAGCCGCGUUCCAUUCCCCGAGGAUCGCUCCCCGCUGCUGGAAGCGGGGGUCCCACCCCGCUCGCGCCUGCUGCUAAUUAACUGUGGUUAAUAAAGCGAGCCUGGGAGCGGAGGCG